UUGAUUUCAUUUAUCUGUUUAUAUAUGUGGUUUUCUAUUGAACUUUUACACACUUUAUUUGAAAAAUUUUUGUCCUAAGUCGAGCAGAUACUCACUUAUCUUUAUGUGUUUUUUAGCGUUUGCAGUUUCUGUCCUAUAACUAUUAUUCUUUAAAUAUAAAAUAAUGAAAUCAAUUACUUUUAAUAAGAUUAUACGUAACAUACCAGAAACAAGAUUUAUUAAUUUAAAAAUUCUAUUUUCAGGUUAAAUAGACUUUAUAUAGUAUCACAUAUAGAAUAACAAUUUCAACAACAACAUGAAAGGCGUAUCUUUUUUGUUGAUAUCGCUCAUAGUCAUUUUUCGAUCAGCAUUCAGUCAAUGUCCUUGGCAAAAGGAUGUGGAAGAAUUACAAACGUCCUGCAUUUGUGCCUAUAACUUGGGACGAGAAUUAUCUGUGCAAUGUGAUCAGGUUAAUUUUCUGCUACUACUCAAUGCACUAAAUAAGUUUGCCACACAACAACCUAUAGACUUAAUAUAUAUAAAUAAUUCUACAGUUGGAGAACUAACAGACAACAUUUUCGCCAAUCUCAGUGUACACAAUGUACAAAUGUCAAGUUGCAAAAUUAGAAAAAUAACUAAUGAUGCAUUUAAAGGCCAAGAAAAUGCACUUAAAAAUCUUAAUCUUCAAGAUAAUCUUCUAACUGAGGUUCCAAUAAAUGCAAUAAAUGCGCUUUCGUUAUUGAAUUUGCUCGAUUUGUCUAAAAACCGAAUAACAAUUAUACCAAAUGAUGCAUUUAUAGGUUUGACAAAGCUUUCCACACUAAAACUGAAUGACAAUAACGUGACUUUAUCGCCUAACGCUUUUCGUGGCUUGGAACAAAGCUUAAAGAACCUCAACUUAAAAGGCACACGACAGCGACGUGUACCCGAUAGCAUACGAGGUUUAAAGGGUUUGGCAUUUUUAGAUCUUUCACUAAACGGUAUCAAAGAACUGCCUGGUCCUGGUGGAAUACGUAUUUUUGAUGGUUUAGAUUCACUAACAGCUUUAAAUCUAGAACGAAAUUUAAUACAAAGUUUAGGCGAAACUGCUUUUGCUGGUGUUCGGAAAACAUUGAGUUCGUUAAGUUUAUUAAAUAAUCUUUUAUCAGAGUUCCCGGUAGGAGCUGUACAUUCACUAAAAGAAUUACGAGUUUUGGACAUAGGUUUUAAUUUACUAACUACAUUACCAGAAACAGCAUUUCGUGGAAACCCAAGUAUUACUUUGUUAGCUUUGGAUGGUAAUCCACUGACAACAGUCCCCGAAAAAGGUUUUCUACAUCUUAACUCUACGUUGCGUGGUUUGUCUCUAGGUGGAAGGUCCUUACACUGUGACUGUAAGUUAAAGUGGGUAGCAAAAUGGAUACGCAAUGUCGAUUUACAAGUAACAUCACGAGAACGCAAUCCUCAAUUCUGUGGUUCUCCAAAUCGAUUUCGUGAUCGAGGUUUUUAUUCUAUUGAACCUGAAGAGUUUACUUGCACAGACCCUACACCAGUCGAAUUACCAUUACCUGCACAACGACCAACAAUAGCAUCAGAACCAAUUAAACCAAAUACAAUUUCUGCUGGUAAUCAUACUUCGCCAUUAGAACCUGUCAACAACUCUGACACGCGUAAUACUUCACUUACUAACUUACCUCCUAUAACUGAAACCCGGCCUCCUGUGACUAAAAUAGCACCAACAGUAGGCAAACCAACUAUUAAUACUCCAACAGUUCCAACAACAACAAAAUCUAUCGAAGCUACUGCAUCUACUAUAGCCGGUGCUCCUUCUACAAGUUCCACACAUCAAGUAAACAAUUCUCGAACUUUGUUAAACUCAUCUGCUACAAUUGGUUCGACGGCAGUUGCAACUAGCUCUAAUGUCAAGCAUUUGCCAGGUUGGCGACAAGGCACAUCAGCACCGAGUUUUGACACUGGAGCCUCCAAUAAACAACAAAGACCACCUUUAGUCAUAGGUUUUCCACCAGCUCGUGGUAAUCGCGUCGACGAUGCCAUUGAAGUGGAAGUAACAAAUGCAUUUCGACAAGAUAAUUCAGUUAUCAUACAUUGGGACUCAAAUGUAGUUAAUAUAUUAGGAUUCCGCGUUGUUUACAGAUUGUUUGGAGAAAAAUCUUUUAAACAAGGUCCACCUUUAGAAGCUACUGAACGAGAAUUUAAAAUUAAAAAUGUACCCGCUCAAGAAUGCAUAAUUGUUUGCGUGAUAUCGUUGGAGGAGUUGCACGUUACACCCGAGACAGUACCCUAUCAGCAAUGUCGGGAGGUGCGUACGGAGUCAUCUCAAACCUCAAAUAUGGACAAAAUAACAAUUGCUGCAAGUGCUGGUAUUUGUGGAACGAUUAUAGUAGCAGUCAUAGUAUUUAUUGCAGCAAGCAGACGGUCCCAAAAACUACAAACAACACAACAGAAAAGCGCUUUGCCUAUUGCACGUUUACCGGUGAACUGCUGUGGACCAGCGAGCUCACCUGGACCACUGGGUUCAAUUGCAACUUUGUCAGCCUUUAACAAUAAGGAAUGGGAUCAAGUUUCAGCAUACAGUGGAAGAUCUAUACCAAGACCACGUAUCUACUCCACAGAUAAUCAAGAUGAUAUGCGUAGUCACAUUUCCGGAAUGCCUGUUAAAGUCGGUAAACCCCGUUCCAUUGCUGAUGGUCAAUCACAACAUAGCUUCUCAAAUAAUUCACAUCGCGGUUAUUUGGGCUCAGCAUUUCCAUCAAAUUUAGUUAAUUAUCGUCCUGAGUUACGGCAAUCCCGUCAAUCAUUAGCAGCAGCUUCUGAAAGAAUGUCAAGAGCAUCUUACGCUGGUUCAAUUCACGGUCCAACAAGCAUAGCUUCAAGUACUCGACGUUCACGGCCACGUUCCAGAUCUCGUGAAAACCUAAACAUUACACAUAUACAUAAUCACCGUCCGGGCAGUAGAUAUUCCACAGCCGGAUCUACGCAUACAUUAAAUAAUUACUGCGACACAUCUGACAAUUGGACCGAUCACGAUAUGGAAAUUUAUAUGGCUCGAAAUCCAACAACUCGAAAUGGAUUAGUGCCCUUAUGAGAAUAUGACUUUACAUUCUGUAAUCAUUUCAAUUUUAUAUUACAUUAUUAAUGGGACCAUACAAAAAUUAAAAAAACAAAAGUGUACAUAAUUUCUGAUUGUAUCUAUAAUAGUCUACAAUUAGUUUAAUACUUUAUAACUUUUUAGUCUGGGAAAACUUCCAUGCUUGCUUACUUAUUAAAUGUGAAGCAUUUCGAAUAAAAACUAAAUGUUAAUAAUAUUGUUAACAAUUUAUAGUUUUAUAAAACCAAUUGUUUUCCUCUAAAUCCAGUCAUUUAUUCUCAAUCAAUUUAAAUUAAAUAAUAUUGGUUUAAUUAACUUUUAAUACUCAAAACUUUUAUCUUCUAAUAUGUAGAUGAAGUGAAAUGUCUACUUUUAAACAUUGUGUUGAGGUUGGCACUUUGCAAGACGCGUUGCAGUACUCAGGAUAUUAAAAAACAUAUUAUUAACAAAAGUGAGAAGAAAAUAAUAAAAAUAUUUAAUAAUAACAGCUUUAAUUAUUUGUAAUUUAAAAAAAAUAAAUAUAUUCAUAUCUUCGACGCACUCAAAGUGACCCAAAUAACGACAUCUACAUUUUUAUUUUUCAUGGCAAUAGGAUACUAAAAAGUGUAAAAUUAUGAAUAGUGCCGGAAAAGCAGUGUUCCUCUAUUAGGAAAAUGUAGUAUUUAAUUUUCAACAUAUUUUCUAAAAAAAAAAACAAA